AUGGCUGCAGAUGAGAAAAGGCGCUUGGUUGACUAUAAUAAGAUGAGGGAAACUAUGUGCUUGCUGGAAGGAAAGAGUGAAACCACCUGGCUCAGGCCUCAGAGGAGACAUUAUCCUCAAUCCAAUCGCACUUCAAUAGAGAAUUAUAAAGAAGAGAAGCAUGAAGAUGACAGUGGAAGGACCUCCUGGGUGACAACACUCCCCCCUCAUCAUAAGGAAAAGAGGCAUUUUCCAGAAAAAAACAAUGCAAUCUUUGGAUAACCUGUCUCUCAAAAGCUGUUUCUGCUAGA